AUGGUUAAAAGUGUCACAUCCAUAGCCAAAACUGAUGACAACUUCAUUUGUGCAACAUUAGAUUGGUGGCCUCACAACAAAUGUGACUACAAUCAGUGCCCUUGGGAAAAUGCAGGCAUUCUUAAUCUGGAUUUGGACAACAAGAUUCUUGCAAAUGCAAUCAAGGCAUUCAAAUCUCUUAGAAUCAGAGUUGGAGGUUCAUUGCAAGAUCAAGUCGUGUACAAAGUUGGAAAACAUAGCAAAAAGUGCCCACAAUUCAAGCUUAAGCAUGAAGGCCUGUUUGGAUUCUCACGAGGCUGUCUCUCAAUGGAAAGAUGGGAUCGCUUGAACAAUUUGUUCAACCAAACGGGCGCUCAUGUUACGUUUAGCUUGAACGCGCUGGCUGGAAGGAAGAGGGAGGAACCAGACGAUGAGGCCGGGAAGAAGAUGCCGGAUUCGGAUGAUAAGGCCAUGCCGCUCAUGGUCGGCAAAUGGGAUCACAGAAACGCCUAUGACUUGAUGGAGUAUACUGCUUCGAAAGGCUACAAGAUUGAUUCUUAUGAACUUGGAAAUGAGCUAUGUGGGAGCGGGGUGUCGGUGAGAGUGGAGGCAAAGCCAUACGGCAAGGACAUGAUUACUCUCAAGAAAAUGAUCAAGAGAUUGUACCCUAACCCUACCACCCGCCCGAAGCUCUUGGGUCCGGCUGGAUUCUACGACGAGGAAUGGUUCAAGACCUUCCUUCAGACAUCCGGCCCCAACGUUGUCGAUGGCCUAACUCACCAUAUUUACAACCUCGGUGCUGGUGUUGAUCCAACUUUGAUAAACAAGAUUCAAGAUCCUUACUUUCUUGAUCAAGUAGCUGAGACCUACAAGAGUGUGUCGACCUCGGCCGAGCUGUAUGGGCCGUGGGCCGGGGCUUGGGUUGGGGAAUCCGGCGGUGCAUACAACAGCGGUGGAAGAACCGUCUCUCACGCCUUUGUUGAUGGAUUUUGGUAUUUGGAUCAAUUAGGCAUGACAUCCACAUUCAAUCACAAGGCUUUCUGCAGACAAGCAUUGAUUGGAGGGAAUUACGCACUCUUGAAUACGACGACGUUUAUUCCUAAUCCAGAUUACUAUGGCGCGCUGUUAUGGCAUCGGCUGAUGGGAAAGAAGGUGCUCGGUGCAACUCACGGAGGCUCGCCUUAUCUACGUGCUUACGCUCAUUGCUCCAAGAAAACUAAGGGAAUCUCUGUGUUGCUAAUCAACAUGUCGAAUUCAACAAAGUUUGACGUGUCAGUAGUGAAUGAUCUGAACUUGUACCCUCAAGAAUCGGAGUUGAUGAAUGAAAAUGGAAAUGAGGGUUUGGGUGUGAGAGAGGAGUAUCAUCUGACGCCUGAAAAUGGCAACAUUCUGAGUGAUGUGGUGCUGCUGAAUGGAACGCCGUUGAAGCUUACGGAAUCGGAUGAUAUUCCGGAUAUCAAUCCGGUGGCUGUUGAUGCUUUGCAGCCCAUCGCUGUCGCGCCGGAUUCCAUAGUUUUUGCUACGCUGAGAGGGUUUAGGGCACCUGCCUGUGCAUAGAAAUUUUUUGGUUCAUCUUUUGCUGCAGCUUUUAGUUUUAGCUCUUUGUUAUUUCCUUGUUCUUUUAGAAUUUUGUCAUGGACAUAUUAUUGUUUAGUAAAGUUUUAGUUAGUUCCU